AUGACCACGACUGUAGCCAUCCUCGGUGCAACAGGAAAGACAGGACGUGAGGUGUUGGUUCGACUACUAGAGAAGAAAGACGUAAACAUAAAAAUCUAUGUUCGAUCACGCUCGAAGCUCAUUGGGAUUUUCCCAAAUUUGGGCUCAAACCCUCGCGUCUCACUAUUCCAAGGUGCCGUCAACGAUGUCGACAAUAUGACCAAGUGUCUCGACGGAGCACAGAAGAUUAUUUUCACUCUCGGAGAAAAUGACAAUUUACCUGGCGUUUGCGUAGUUCAGGAUGCUGUCAAGACAAUCCUCGCUGCUCUCACAACGCUGCGCGACCGCAGCGACACCUGGCAGAAGCCUCGUGUCCUUUUGUUAUCGUCGGCGACAUGGAACCCUCAAUUGUCGUCUGAUCGUCCAGCCUUUGCGCACUGGGCGAUCAAGAAUGCGUUCCACCACCCUUAUACAGACUUGCGCCUGGGCUCGACACUUCUCCAGGAAGCUUCUUCCCUAGUAACGGUUCUUCUUGUUCAGCCUAAUGCUCUCAUCGAAGACGAGCCAAGCGGUCAUUCGCUGAGUGUCGAACGGUCCAGUCUCAGCAUCACUUACGGCGACUUAGCUGCCGCGUUCGUGGAGUUGUUAGGCGAAGAGUACGACAAAUAUCCGGCAAUUGGCGCAUCCAGCAACAAAGGCGACAAUGGUCUCAAAUUUGUGAACGCAGCUUUCGCAAAAUUGACGGGUAGAUGA